AUGUCUGUGCUGUCCGACAAUCAUUCAGCCUUAUCGCAAGAAACCCACAAUGCUGAAGCAAUUACUGGGUCAAAGAUGCCAUCUCCACAUACAGAGUCAACAUCUAAAAGUCUCUCUUCCAAACCUGGAGUGGAAAGCCAGCUUGUACUGUCAGAAAGCCCAGACGAGGAUGAAGAAAACCCAAUGAAAAAUCCAUUUACAAUUGCUCCAGAUAUCGAUAUUUUCUCAAUAAGGGACAAGGAAAGAAAAAAGGCUAAGGCGGAACGUGAACGGAUGAAGACCAUGAAAAUCCAUGAGAAAACUACUUACUCUACUAAAAUAAAAGCAAAGCAAAAAGGGUUCAGGAAAGCUCUGCAAAAGGAGGAAGAAGAAGAGGGCAGAAAACAGGCAACAAAUGAAGAGAGACUGAAAACUCUUCAAGAAAGUCUUUCAUGGAAGAUAGCCAUUAAAAAAGAUUACCCAUUAGAAAAGGAGACCUUCCGUGACUACAUAAAUGACAGAAGAGAGGUAUUUUUACUUGAGUAUGCCAUGGCAGUAAAGAGAGAUGAGAUUCAAAGGAUGGAGAACGUAAUAAAGAACGAGGAAAGAAAACUGGAAAAGGCUGAAUACUACCUGGAGAAGGAUGCUACCACGUUUGAUGAGUUCCUGAAGGAGAACCAGAAAAACUCUGUUCAAGCCCUGAAAAUUGCCGAAAAAGAAACUGCAGCAAAGACAAAGAAAAUAACGGAGAUCCAGGCAAUCACUUCCCAAAUAGAGAACCUCCAAAGUGAUAUAUCCAGAUGCAGGAAUACUCUGCAGGAGUACAAGAUGUACAGGGACUUCCUCUAUCAACUAUCUCCGAAAGAGUGGCAGGAGGAACAUGGGAAAAAGCACAAGAAGAAAAAGGAGUUGAAAACAGCAUCCAAAGCUAAUGAAGGAAGCGCCUCACCUCCCACCACCGCAGAGCAGGGUGAUUAUAUAGAUGUGCCAAGUUCCCUGCUGUCUACAAAAAGUUUGGAGUUCAGGUCAUUACAUGAGAUCAGGCCACAGCUCAAAAACUUCCUGAAGCCUCUAUCAACAAGAAAACUAAAUUCACUGGAGGAUUCAGAAAGCGAAACCUGCUCGGAUGAAGAUGAGGAGCCUGAGUUGUAUUUUACUGAUCCCCAACAACUGCUGUCUAUUUUCACGGAGAUGGAGGAAGAGAACUUGUCCUUCAUCCAGAAUUCCCAGGAGAUUGAGGAAAGUUUGGACAAGGUCCAACACACUUUCAUCACCGCACAGGAAAGCAUGGAGAAGAAGUUAGCGGAGCUGAAACAGCAGGUGGGCACCCUCAAAUCCUCCAUCGCCAAAGAAGAAGAGAGAGUAGCAGAUCUGAAACUCAAAGUUCACGUCUUUUCCUCUGGGCAACACAAACCUGAUGAUCAGGACAAAAUGCUCACAAGCCUGAACAAGAAGGUGCUGGAAGUCUAUUGCCAGUGCACUGGAGAAAAUGGGGCAAACCUGCAGACAGUGCAGAUGCUAAUGGUGAUAGAAAAACAGCUCAAUGAUUUACUGGACAACUUGGAGAGAAUCCCACCAGCAAAGAUAGAACAGGCUGAGAAGGCGAAAAAAAAGGAACGGCGGAUAAGGCUCAGAGAGGAAAAACUGAGACAACAGAAGCAGCAGCAAGAGGAAAGACUGCAACGAGCCCUGGAAAGAUCACAGGCAACUAUAAAAAAAAGGAGCGGCAGGAGGCUGGUGUUUCGUUCCAACCCACCUGUCAGGAAGGAGAAGAAAAAGCACAGCCAAGAACAAAUGGAUAAGGAGAAGGAAGAAGAACUCUAUUAUUUCACUUGA